AUGGAAGUACAGCAGGAGUACGAUGGGAGUACAAUGGGAGUACAAUGGGAGUACAAUGGGAGUACAAUGGGAGUACAAUGGGAGUACAAUGGGAGUACAAUGGGAGUACAAUGGGAGUAUAAUGGGAGUACGAUGGAAGUACAAGGGAGUACAAUGGGAGUACAAUGGGAGUACGAUGGAAGUACAAUGGGAGUACAAUGGGAGUAUAAUGGGAGUACGAUGGAAGUACAAGGGAGUACGAUGGGAGUAUGA